AUGGAAGAUAUAAAUUCUGUUUGCUUACUAGAAUGGAGAAAAUUUGAUUGGAAUAUUAUAAAGGAGGAUAUCCAUUCACCAAGAGCCUAUGCUUGGAAAAUAUUUAUUUUAGCUGAAAUAUAUUCACAAUAUGAUACUUUCAUUUACAUGGAUACUUCAAUAGUUAUUGAUGAAGCAAAAUCCCUAGACCCAGUCUUUGAGGGUAUUAAAGAUGGGAAAAUAUCCGAAGCUAUUUUCUUUGGAGGUAAAAUAUUGACGAUUAUUUGAUUAUUUUUGGUUGGAGAUCGAGAAUCGUUUAAGAGUUUUUGGUAAUCAAGAUAUGUUAUUUCUUAUUGCUUGGAACUUUCAUUAUAGCUCUUACUCAUACUUCGUACCAUCCCUAAUUUUGGCCUCCCCCCUAAUAAACAUAUUUUUUGUUCGUACUUGGUAUGCGAGGAACGAAUACGAAUUUUGUACGAGCAUCCAAGCACUGUAUGUAAGCAAAUUUUUAAUGCCUAAAAACAAUCCUUCACAAACCAACCAACUUCUCGAUAUUUAUUUCUAUCCGAUUCAAAUUUCAAUUCUCUUU